CAGAACAGAGAAGAGGAAGAAGAGCCGUGCGCGUGCCCGGGGCGCGAGAUCAGCGCGUGCGUUUCUCAAACAAGAAAAAAACCAAAAAAAACACCUUCAUCUGUUCAUCUCCUUCACCCUCCUCUUCCUCUUCUUCUUCUUCUGUCCUGAUGAAGACUCCGCGGCGCGAGGACUGCGUCUACACGAGCUGCUACUGUGAGGAGAACGUGUGGCAGCUUUGUUCUUGGUUCCGUUCAGAGGCCGAGGUCCAACUCCAGGAGCUGUUUGUGCUUUUCAUCUCCAACCACCAGCGCAAGGUUCCAUUGUGGAAGCAGAAAUCGGGUCGAGGAGAUCUCCCUGUGGUUUGGGACUACCACGUGGUCCUGCUCUGGUCUAGAUCAGGUCUGGAGCCUCUGGUCUUUGAUCUGGACUCGGUUCUGGACUUUCCCUGUUCUCUUCAGGACUACGUCACCCAGGCCCUGAGAUCGGACCAGGACCUACACCCACAGUACCACAGGUUGUUCCGGGUCGUUCCUUCACAGUUGUUCCUGGAGAAGUUCUCGUCAGAUCGAUCUCACAUGAAGAAACCUGACGGAACCUGGAGCAUGCCCCCCCCCAGCUACCCCCCCAUCCAGACACCAGAGACGAGCACAAACCUGGAGCUGUUCAUCCAGAUGAAGCAGGACCAGGAUCUGGGCCGAGUCCACAGCCUCCAGGACUUUAAGACCCGCUUCGGCCUGGACCCGGACCGGUUCUGACCCGCUUCGGCCUGGACGUGGACCUGCACUGGGUUUUAUCUGGACUUGUGAUGACAUUUAUUUUUAUUAAAAUAUUCAAAUCCUGGUUUCACUUUUGACACUGGAAUAAAAACAAUCUACUGGAA